GACUGUUCACGAUGUAUCGGGACCAGCGAACCUAAUGAAUGAGGAAACGUACAACUCUCAUGUACGAGUUCUCAAGCAAACUAAGCAAAUUGUAGAAAUACAAACUAUUAUAAGAUCUAAAGAAACUUCGAGGAGCGACUUUAUUUUUUAUUCUGAUCGCUUAAUUCGUCUUUUAGUCGAGGAAGGCCUCAAUCUUCUUCCUUACGAGGAUAAAGUAGUAGAAACUCCUACAGGAGCAUUGUAUGAGGGAGUCGGUUUUAAGGGCCGUAUCUGUGGUGUAAGCAUUAUGUGUUCGGGAGAAUCGAUGGAGAGAGCGUUAAGAGAUUGUUGUCGCAAUAUUCGAAUAGGAAAAAUUAUAAUUAAGAAACAAAGCAAUACUAUGAAACAUCAGUUGUAUUAUUGCAAAUUUCCUCGCGAUAUUGCUCAACGUCAUGUAUUUUUAAUGGAUCCAAUGAUUGCUACUGGAGGCUCGGUUUGCCGCGCUGUAGAAGUUCUUCUAGAAAGUGGUGUUCCUGAAAAUCAGAUUAUAUUUUUAAAUCUUAUAGCCACGCCAGAGGGAAUUAAAAAACUACUUGAUAGCCAUCCCGAGGUUUAUAUAGUCACUUGUAGUAUUGAUGAAGGGAUAGAUGCAGAAGGGUUUACGGUUCCUGGUGUUGGAAAUUUUGGCGAAAAAUAUUAUGGAACUGGAGACGACGACGAUUUACAUUAA